CCAGCGCCGCCUCCUAUUCAUUCUCUCUCUCCAACUACAUUUGCAAUGUCUUCAUUCUUUGGCCUUGGGAAGACUCGGACCUUCAAGCCGCGCAAGGACGCGCCGGAAGGCACAAAGCAGUACCAGCUGCGUAAAUAUGCUGAAGCAACCCUGGGGUCGGGGAACCUCCGUCAAGCAGUGCUACUCCCGGAAGGCGAGGAUACUAACGAAUGGCUUGCGGUACACACUGUCGACUUCUUUAAUCAUCUGAACAUGUUGUACGGGACGGUGACUGAGUUCUGUACUCCUCAGGAGUGCCCGAUCAUGUCUGCUGGCCCCCGUUAUGAAUACCUUUGGGAAGACGGCGCGAGAUUCAAGCGGCCGACCAAGUUGCCAGCACCGGAUUACGUCGAUGCAUUGAUGAACUGGGCGCAAUCGCUCCUAGACGAUGAAGCUGUCUUUCCCAACAAGAUCGGCAUACCAUUCCCUAAGAACUUUCGUGACACAGUUCGGACGAUCACACGAAGGUUGUUCCGAGUGUAUGCUCAUUUAUACAGCAAUCACUUUGACCAGAUUUGUGCACUCGGGAUCGAAGCGCACUUGAAUACCAGCUACCGUCAUUUCUUCCUAUUCAUCAACGAGUUCGAUCUAGUCGACAAGAAAGAGCUUGCACCACUUGAUGAACUCAACGAAGCGAUCUUAGCUGAGGACAAGCCUUUGCCUUUGCCUCGGUAACCGCAGUUUCUCUUCUUCCUCUUCUCCCUCUUCUCCCCGACUUUUCUAUAUCAUCAACAUUCGACUGGACGUUUAUCCAGCUGUAACGAUACCAUGUACUUUCCCAUCCAUAUCCUGUUGGAGAACAAAUUUUGAUGUAGACGACG